AAAUGUUUUCACCCGCCUUCCGCUUUAUUAAAACAAUCAUUUUCCCGUUUCUGUCCUUUCCUGGCGCAAAAAAACAAUGCCUUUUUGGUCCACCUGAGCCUCUCCAUCUCUCUGUUUUUUUUUUUCUCCUUUUCCCUCUCUCUCCGUUCCAGCCUGGGAUAAAUUUAGAUCCCCACUCACUGGCGCAUAAUAAAGGAUGUGGGUUGUUAACUGCCUGGCUACCCUGUUCUAAUAUGACCUGCAUCGUCUGUAAAUGUGUUAGAACGUGUCAGAAUUAGGGCAGUGCAGACAGCGUGCGGCUGUUUAUGGAUACUUCGGUCCCUGCCCCGCACUCAAUUUUGGACUGUAUCAAAUCCGUUGGCGAUGCUUCCAGGAGGGCGGUUCGGUUCGAUUGUCUCGUUGCCAAGCCCCUUUCAAAGCUGCAUCACGCUCAUCUCGCAGAGCUAGUUAAAGCACUAAACAAGGUUCAGUUUUUUUGGAAAAGGCGAAUUUAAAGAAUGAUUGUAUUGUUAUGCUGCUAUCGCUAUCAGUGUGUGCGCUCUACUGCUGUACAGAAGAACAGGUACAUUUCCAGUGAACAGCUCCCUUGGCAAAAUAAUUGCAUUUUUUGUUGCAUUGGGCACCCCGUGGCCCCAUUUGUGCAUCUUGUCAGAUGCAGGAAUCGCCGGCCUUUUUAGUCAAUGUUACCCAGAUUGGAAAUUCACUUACCUUAAUCUCCGUAUUACAUUAAACCCACGUAUAAUCUAUAUUUUGUAAAGAUCGGUGCAUCUGCUUGGCAUCAAUCCUGUCAAACAAGCCCAAUAUAGCCAGUUUGUCAUUUGUUCCAAAUUGGAAAGGAUCGGGAAAUAUAUGCAUCAUUCUAGGUGAGGUCACUUGCAUCUCUCUCUGGCGCAGUGCCUUUUGUACAACAGAGACUGAAACCAUUCUGUCAUCAUGAUUCAUACACUCAUUUCUGAUGGGCACUUAUCACAGAGCUCUGUACAAUAUCCGUGUUGAUACACUGGGAUAAGGAAGUAUAGCAAGUAACUGGUGGUGAGAGUAUCCUACAGUACAUACUCCUCUAUGAGUGACAGAAGUCAUGUGAUACCCUUUCACACACUGCUAGCUGGCCUCUGGAGGCAACCUAUUCCAGCAGCCCGGAGAAGAGCUGCAAGAGGCCUGGAGGAAACAGAUGCUAAUUUACAUAUGCUAAUUAGUUUCACUUUCACCUGCACCCUGUCUCCCGUCUCCUGUCUUGCGUGGUGCAGGAGCAAAUUUCGAGCUGUCAGGGGGCUACACUGCUAGCACAGGGAGAAGGGAGAGCGGAGUCAGCACCCAGACAGUCAAGGAGGUCAGAGCAGGGCUGUUCUGGCACACUUCCCUCCAGCCCUCUUUGUCUUCUACAUUUGGUCUUUCCAGUUGUCAAUCAUUAAUUUAUUCCACAUCUCUCUCCAUUCUCUUUCUUCAUGUCAUACAUCUUACUCUGAGCAUCCGUUCUGUGUAUUACCUCUCCAUAUUCAUCAGCCCCUUUAUAGUUUCGCAUGUUAAAUUUGUGUAAUUACAUUGCAGCCGGGGUUCAGAAGUGAGAAGUGGUUCGCAUAUGGUAGUUCACGCAUGCAGACGCACUAACCAAAUCUCUUUGAAGUCCGAGACUGAAUAAGAAGUGGGGGGUUUUUCUUGGCUCAUGAACAUUUCAUGAGAUUGCAUGUGUGUGUGUGCGUGUGUGUGCGUGUGUGUGUGUGUGUGUGUGAGAGAGAGUUUGUGUUUAUCCGUAGAGUGUGUGUAGAAUGUGAGUCUGUGGUGUUUGAUUAUAUGGAGUAGGUGUAGUGUGUGUAGAAUGUGUAGUGUGUGAGUUCUGUGUGUGUGUGUGUGUGUGAAAUGCGAUUAUGCAGGUUGGCAGUUCACACGGCAGUGCAUUGAUACCUCAACUGACAAUCAGAAGUGGGGAGAAAGAGAGAGAGAAUGAGGGAGAGAGAGAGAGAGAGAGAGACAUAGAAGAGGGAAAUGGGGACAGCUGGACGGCUGCCAGUGUUUCUCAGCAACAGUGGGAUCAGGACUUGGCUAUUCCCCUUGCGCUCCUCUGUUUUUGUUCGCCCCCCAGGACUCGCCCCUGUGUGUGUGUGUGUGUGUGUGUGUGUGUGUGUGCGUGUGCAACGGGAGAGAGGAGCAAGUGCUUCUCACAGGGGAGGCACGUAGACCUCAGAGCUGCAGCGUCACAGCAGAGGUACAGAGGGAAGGGUUAAGAAAGGGAGAGAGAGAGAGAGAGAGAGAGAUAGAGAAAGAGAGAGAGAGAGAGAGAGAGAGAGAGAGGGAGUGAGAGAGAGAGAGAGAGAGGGAGAGAGAGAGAGAGAGAGGAAGAGAGAGACAGAGAGAGGGAGACAGAGCCGAACAGAAAUUUCGCAUCUUUGCAUUGAGGAGCCCAGUGGAAGGACUCGGAUAACUAGCGAAAGAGGAGCUGCCGAGGGUCGCAGCCACCUGUCAUAUGACGGCGCUGGACGGAGCUCAGACAGAACGGCCCGGAGCUACGAGGUGAAGGGGGAGGGGGGCGCUGAGCGUGUGCCAGAUGUGCCGCCGCCUCACCGCCUGGCCGCCGAACUCCUCCAAGAACUUUUCCUGCGAGCGCUCGCCCCCCCGCGCCGCUACCCUCCACCCCACCCCCCCCGUCCACCUGCGGGGACUGACGGACGGGCGGAAAUGUUUCAUCCCGCCUGUUUCUGCCAGACUGCGCCGUGCGGUGGAAGUCGCCGUGGAAACCGGGGAAGCCCUCAAUGAAAGCAGGUGGGGUAAAGCGAACCCCCCUCCCAGACCCUGUCGGCGACUACCUUGAAAUUUUUUGCUGGUCAUCUCCGAAAAACUCCAUCACGCGGGAGCUAUGGAGCACCCUGGAUACAAGACGUGAUCGAGAACCGGUUGCUGUUUGCGGUCUGGCCGUGAGCUCGGCUUAAAGAUGAUGGACUGGAAGGAACUGGCAGCCCAGAAACUGAGCCUGUCGUCCAAGCGGAAGAAGUCCCACUCCCGCUCAGCUCCACCAACCAACUUUAGCACCACCCUGCGGCGGGCGCCGCCCCCCAUGCCGCCAUGCCUCCUGCGGGCCAGGUCAAAGGUCAAGGACAAUCCUGGAAUGGGAAAGGUGAAGGUGAUGGUGCGGGUGUGUCCCUCCCACGUGUCCCACGACGGCCCCAAAUCCGCUUCCUUCCUGAAGGCGGACCCCCGAAAAAAGCAGCUGACCCUGUCCGAUCCGUAUCGCCUGGGUCCUGACCACGCCCGGUCCAGCGCCCCUAAAACCUUCACCUUCGAUACUGUCUUUACCCAGGAUGCCUCACAGGCUGAAGUUUGCGCCGGGACGGUGGCGGAGGUCCUCCAGUCGGUGGUGAACGGUGCAGACGGCUGCGUCUUCUGCUUCGGCCAUGUUGGUCUUGGUAAGACCUACACCAUGAUGGGCAGCGACGGCUCCACCCAAAGCUUGGGCGUGGUGCCCUGUGCCAUCUCCUGGCUCUACCGGCUGGUGGAGGAGCGUCAGGAGCGGACGGGUGCUCGCUUUUCGCUCGGCGUGUCGGCCGUGGAGAUCAGCGGCAGGGACGAGACGCUCCGGGACCUGCUGGGAGGGGUCAGCGGGGACGGUCCGCGGGACGGCCGGACCCCCGCCCUCUACCUGCACGAGGACCCCAUCUGCGGCUCUCAGCUGCGUAACCAGAGUGAGCUGGGGGCCCCCUCCCCUGAGCACGCUGCCUCUCUCCUGGAUGAGGCCCUGGCCGCGCGGAGCUCCAGCAGGGACAGUGAGGAGGAGGAGCGGCGUCACUCACACAUGCUCUUCACCCUGCAUCUGUACCAGCAGCACCUGGACCACAGCCAGGCAACACUGUCUGGGGGGAGGUGCCGCCUGCACUUCAUUGACCUGGGGAGCUGUGACCCAAUCACAAGUGAGGGCCACAACAGGGGUGGCGGCCACUGCCUGACUCUGCCCAUCCUGGGAAAUGUCAUCCUGGCCCUGACCAGUGGCGCCAAGCAUGUACCGUACAGGGACAGCAAGCUUACGAUGCUGCUGAGGGAGUCCCUGGGGAACAUCAACUGCAGAACCACCAUGAUCGCUCAUGUCUCCGACUCUGCAACCAAUUAUGCUGAGACACUAAACACCAUCCAGCUGGCCUCCCGCAUUCACCGUACGAGGAAGAAGAAAUCUAAGUGUUCAUCAGGCUCCUCUGGUGGGGACACUCUUUGGGAAAGUCAAAGUCAAGGGCUAUCAGACCUGAAGUUUUCCCAUCCUCAAGCUCUUAGCCUAUCACUGCCCAGCUUGCGCUAUGGUGACAGAGGCUGCUCUUCCAGCAGAGUGCAGCCUAGAGAUACAGUUGUCUAUGUGGGACUGGGAGGAACAGCUGUCUGUGAGCGUGAGUUGUGUGUCACUGAGGCCCCGCCUACCUCUGUGCCCAUCAUCCCCUCACUGAACAGGAAGCGAGUGCAAGAGGGCCACCCUGGAGAUGGGGAUCACAUAAAGUGCAACACCUUUGCAGAGCUACAGGAGUGGCUGGAUUGUGUGGGGGAUAACGAAGGAGGCAGGGGGUGUCCAUUGGCUCCUGGGACAGGACGUGGGGUGGCCAAACUAACAGAGCGGUCCCAGUUUCCCUCCAGAAAUCCCACGCUCUCUUACAAGCUUAGUAAUUCUCACGAAUGCCUUUCCAGCUGCAUGUCACCCUCCCACUUGGCCAGCAGCGCCUCCUCAGAGUCUGAGAAGGGCCAUUAUAAGUGGCCAGAACCAACCCCAGAUAGUUUUGGUGGGAUGGGUGUGGACCGGCAGAAGGCCUUUUACUCUGGUGCAUUUAAUAAGAGUGCGUCUCUGAACAGAAGACAUCAAUCAAAACCUGCACAUCCCGUUACAGAGCAGGUGAUGUCACAGAGGCUCCCGCUGUUGACAGAGGACAGCUCGACCUGCAGGGCACCUCCAGUGGGAAUGAGCCAGAAAGCAGAGCCCAGGAGGUCCCCUAUCCCAGGAACCCGUAGCCCCAGCGAGGCCCCCUCGGAGAUGAGACCCUUGCGCUCAACCCCGAGAGGCAGAUCCUUCGACCGGGAUGCCCUGAUGACCACCGUCACCCUGCGGCGGCCUGUGGAGCUAAACGGGGAGGACGAGCUGGUGUUCACCCGGGUGGAGGAGCUGUCUAUUGGAGGGCUUGUGGAGAACUCCAUGCCAUCAGGCAUGACUCGCUUCCAUGGUGACCACCGCUCUUCUCAGACUCUGCCUGCUGGGUUCCACCGGGUUGCCAUUGUCAGCAGCAUCAAUGACGAGUUUGAUGCCUACACAUCUCAGGUGGACGUGUCAGGACUGAGAAAGGGGAAGGUACACACAAAGGGCAUUGGUUCAGAGAGCACCCUCUGCUCAGAUUUCCCUGGAAUGCCCCGUGAGGAAUCUUACUUCAAAAAGGACACCAGAACUUUGACAACUGAUGGCACCACUGCUGCCUCCAGCAAAUUUCUCCCUAGCAAGUACUUGCCUACCCUUGAGUCCACAAAAACACCUUCCAGGGAUUAUAAAACAAGAGUCAAUGCUGUCGGUACCUUUCCACACCCACAUGUUUACUCGACUCUUCCAAGGAAUAUCAAACCUACCUCGCCUAUAGCACAAAGUAACAUCAACUAUGAACAGCAGAAGCUGAAGGGAAAGCUGGAUGACCCUUGGUUGCACUUUGACAGACACUUCGAUCCUAGAGCUGCUGAGAUGGAUUCCCCCAGCAGGCAUUCAAGAAACAGCACAAAAAGGCCUGUUGGAAAUAGCAACAGUGUACCCCGACCACCAAAGCAACAGGGACAUUGUUCACCCAAAAGGGUAGUAGACGGAUGCGAGAGGUCCAACAAUAGCAAAGGUGAGGCUUCCCACAGGGUUCCAGUGCUCAGACGAGAGGCGACCACACUUGGCAUAAUGCCUGUUAUUCACAGUUCCUCAUUCAUUAAACCAAAUGAAGACAGUAUAUUGGCAACUGGCAGCCUGAAGUUUUUGUCCUUAAGAAAAAAGACCAGUGGACUAAAUGGCGCAUCUUCCAAGCCUCAGUGCAGCUCACCUCCCAUCCAACCUGUCCAAAGAUACAACCUAGAUCCGAAGUCCAGGAACAAUUUGUCCUCAAGGUCUACUGAAUCCAAGUUAUCCGUAUUGGAAGUGGAGUUUGACAUGCGAUUCAAAGGUUACUCAAGUGGCCACAAAACUUCUAGCCUUAAGGCUGACUACACCUCAGCCAAACCAAAAUCGAGUCAGAAGGCCCGAAAGCAGAAAGGCAGUACUGGACAUAGUCAUGGAAGUCUUACGUCCUUGGAAAGGUGUGACAGCCUGACAUCGAUGGGCUCCAAACCGGGGCUUUCCAGAGAAAACAGUGAUGCCAGCUUGGGUAGCAGGGGCAGGUCUGGCAGGUCGGGGGCUCAGCAGGGAUCUCCAGGCUCUGCUUCUACUUCCCCACCUCCUUCUGCCCCACCCAGAACCUCUGGCAAGCUAGAGCACAUGCAAGGAAGCACAGUCACCGCAGCUGUGGCUAUGAAUGGAAACCAGGCCCACAGCAUGUUUUCCGGGAACUCUCAGCCACAGUGUUCCACUAGCAUAUGCAGUGUCGCUCCAUUCACUUGGAAUGUAAACCUACCUCCGAAUGGCAAGAGCACACCUUUUUCUGCACCAGAGGGCAAUGGCAAAUUGGGGAGAGACGCCGCCAUGAGUACUAAGCAAGUCAUCCGUGCCGCCAACAGCAGGGUCAGCGAGCUGGCGUCCGGGAGCUCUGUCAGGCACCUCGGGGGCUCAGGGGACACGGAGAGGGGAAGAAACCUCGGCGACAGUGACCACCUCACCACAGUGCCGCCGUCGCCUUACAGCAAGAUGACGGCCCCGAGAAUGCCGUCGCGCUACAGUAGCGGGCACUGCAGCGACAACAGCAGCGUGCUGAGCGGGGAGCUGCCCCCGGCCAUGGGCCGCACCGCCAUCUUCUACCACAGCGGGGGCAGCAGCGGCUACGAGAGCAUGAUCCGCGACAGCGAGGCCACGGGCAGCACCUCGUCCGCCCAUGAUUCCCUGAGCGAGAGCGGCGCCUCCUCCUUGGGCCGAAUCCGAACGCCCAGGUCCCCCAAGAAGCGCUCAAAUGGCUACCAGCGGAGACGCCUGAUCCCGGCCCCCCUGCCGGACGCCCCGCCCUCGGGGAGGAAGGCCGGCGCCGCGGGCCAGUGGGUGGACCUGCUGCCCCUGCCCGGCCCGCUGAAGGAGCCCUUCGAGAUCAAGGUGUACGAGAUCGAUGGCGCGGCCCACCUGCAGCGGCAGUGCCCGGGCGGCGCGGCGGAGGCGAGCACGCGGUUUUGUCGUCCAUUUCAUCCCGCAUGAUAAUGGCGCCCGUGUUCGUCCCAUUGGUUUGAUGGUGUCGUUUCAUCAUCAGCAGCGGCGGUUCCGGGUUCAUGCCUGAGAGCUGAACCAUGGAAACAAGAAUUUGAAACAUUCCGAUUUUUCAAUCUGAUAGUAACAUGAUUUUUGGUACUACUCCCAAAAAAUUAAGGAGUACGCAUACCCAGUUGGUGCAGUUCUCAGUUCUGUUCAUGGUUGAUGUAAUAUUAAAACCAGCACAGUUCUCUUUAAUGUAAUCUUCAAACCUACGCAAUUCCCAUUAAUAUUAUGAUAAAACCCAGCCCAAUCUCAUUAAUGCAGAGAUCAGACCAGGUCACUUCUUAUGAAUAUAGUAUUUCAACCUGCUUCGUUCUUAUUAACUGUAGAAUCUCUCAGUCUGUGUCUGGAUUUAAUGCUUCAUUCGUCACCGGUGCUCACGGCUGCGAAUACAAAGCAGAGCUGAAAAACAGCUGGCUGACAGUGGAGAAACGCCCAAGUUCAUGGUUCUGCAAUUAAUCAGGUCCCUUGUUAAUGCCUGACGUGUUGUUGAUUGGCUAAUUAACCUUUCACCCAUGUGGGAGAGUGUUCUUAAUUGGCCUAGUUCCUGCUAUACUACAGCAUCGCGGUGCAGGCCCUGCCAGGAAUGGAAGGGAGGAGAGCGGUCAUGUGAUGCCUGUGGCUAAUUGGUUUAACCGAUGGUAAAGCACUGACCCAAGCAGGCUUGAGGAAACAUGGAGCUAGACUGGGUGGGGAGAGAAAAGUUGAUGAAUGAAGGUUCUGGCCACGAUUCUGAAGUGGUCCUUCUGGUGUUCCCUUUUCUGAUUCCAUGGGUCAUUAACCAUUCCUGUGCCUUUUAUUCAGUCCAGAUUGGGGCUUGUGGAGGCUACAUCAUAAAUUUUUUUGAUUUGAUAAUGAAAUUUGGAAUAAAUAUCCUGUGUGUGUUUGUCUGUGUGUCUGCAUGCCUGUGUGUGUGCGCGUGUCCGUGCGUGUAUGUCUGCAUGUCAUAAGCUCAUUCUUACCGUUUUCUCUUCUGUCAUGUUUCCAGCAGCCAUUUCAGGAUGUUAAGAAAGGUACAUAGAAUGGGUAGGACAGAUGCAACUGAACUUCAUGCAGAAACCAUAAAGGAUAUUAGUUUGAGGCAUUAUAAUGUAAAUCCAAUGGAGUCUGGACGACCGUAGUAAGUAAUGUGAAAUGUAAUACUUUGCAAACAUGCCGAACUGGGUAAAGGCCUGUGGUUCUUCAGUAGCAACUGAAAAGCCCUGUCAGAAGGAUAGGAGCAAGAAUAACCCGCAUCAUGGUUCUACUUUUCAAUAACGUGUUCCUCUUGACUAGGUCUAUGCUUAAUCCUCCUGCAAACAGGUCUCCUGUAGAUUAAGAAAAUGCUGGGAUUGGGGGGGGGGGGGGGUAGAGUGUGGCGGGGAUGCUGAUUUAUUUGGAGCUCUGCUCUAAUUAAUCCAUCCGACAGGAAGUGGGGAAGGUAAGUCUGCAGGUUAGAGUCCUGAUUUAAUUUACCAUAAUCUCUCCCUGUAUAAAGCCGGCUUUGGUGUCAGCGAUGCAGGUCUUUUCAUCCGGGAGGGCUCAGUAGAGACGCCGUGUCACAUG